GCACCCCUUUCCAUGUCAGAUGGACCAGCACUUGGUAUCAGAUCCUUUUUUUGUUCAACUGAACCCUCGUACCUCAGGUGGCGAAAACGUACAGUUUAUAUGCAGGCUGGCAGUCUCAAAAAGGUCACCGCUGCUUUAUUGUUCCUGUUCCGAUCCGCGCCCCUCUUUAUUCCUUUGUUCUGCUUGCUAUAAUAUAUAAAACAGGCAGGGCACCAUCCCUUCCCUCCACCAAUGCACUAACAAUGUCUAUAUCCAAGUUAGAUUUCGCCGAACUAACCGACAAGACCCUUAUUUCAGACUAUGUCGCCGCUCAUAAUAUGCCUCACACCGUCGCAUUCCAUAGGGGCACCUUUGAUUCGUAUAAUCUGCCUGCAAUCACGAAGCGUCUCUUCCCCGCAACAUCCAAUCCUGUUCCGAUUCCAUUACUUGCCAAUCAUGUUUGGGUAGCACAACUCGACGGAAAGUGGAGACUUGAGUGGUACUCCACCGCCGAGACAUUUCCUGACCCGCCUGAAGGUGAUGUCGACGACGAUGAUUCGGUUCCCACGUUGAACUAUUACCCGCCUGAUGGCCUUCCAGUCAACUCUAGCGUUGACCUGCCCGACGAGGCCCGCAAGCUAGAAGAUGGGAGGUCAGAGGUUCACAGCGCGCUGGCGGAGCUGAGGACGGCGGUCUCAAAAGCCGCCCUCCUAUACACGCAGGCCAGCCUAGCUCUAGAAGAGGAGAGAGCGAAGACUGCGUCGCUCAUGACGUUUGUUACAAGCAUCUGUGGGAAGGCGUACGUGGAGAAGAUCAUGCGGAUAGUGAAUUUGGUAGAUACCAAUGAUGAUGCUAGCUCAAGAGAGCGGCGGCGAGUCCGGUGGCAACAUCAAAAGUAGCAAUAAUUUCACGCAGAAAAAGCUCCAGCCUUCUCCGUGGCGAGCUGGG